AUCUGUACAAGUAUACAGCGAUAGUACGAGGAUGUCCCAUAAAGAAAGAAAGACCCAAUUUGUAUCAGACCUUGUCGGAGGCAGUACUUUGGAUAUUUACAGGGUAACGUCUAUCUCAGCGCUAUCUUACCUAGUAUGGUGUGUUCUUAAAAAGAAGACAACAUUGUUCGAAAACAGCAAACAGAAUGCAUCUUCAAUUUCUGUAAUGAUUGACUUUUUGCUCAAUUGGAACAAUUUACUUUUGUCGACUACAAUCUAUGCCAACAACAUCCCUUUAUUGAUUGUUUUAAACAUCUUGCCAUUGAUACCUGUCGUUCUUUUUUCGUCUCCAACUAGUAAAAAGGAUGGCAAGAAAGCAGUUAAAGAGACAAGGAAAGCUGUUGUGAACUUGAAAACACUAACGGUCAAGCAGUUUAUACCUUUCAAGACUUUCAUUACAGUUUAUCGGGCUCAAAUGAUGGUCAUCACAUGUGUAUGUAUCAUGGCAGUUGACUUUCAAAUUUUUCCACGUAGAUUUGGUAAAGUCGAAACAUGGGGAACCAGUUUGAUGGACUUGGGUGUCGGCUCAUUUGUGUUCAGUAUGGGAUUGAUCAGUGAAAGAUCAUUUUUACGCCAGUUAUUUGAGUCGAAGUACAGCUAUUCACGGACCGUUUCCAAAAGUAUCAAAAACUCUCUUCCUAUUUUUGCUCUGGGACUAGUCCGUCUUGUUAGCGUCAAAUCAGUUGAUUAUCACGAGCAUGUUACAGAGUAUGGCCAGCAUUGGAAUUUCUUUUUUACUUUAGCAUGUAUUCCAAUCUUGAAUGCUGUGCUUUCUCCAAUCAUCAUCAAAAUCUCACCAUUUCUGACAAGUAUUAUCAUCUCAAUCAUCUAUGAAUAUUUGCUAGUCGGACAAGGGCUUCUUGGAUAUAUCAUUUCCAGCCCAAGAACCACAAUUUUCAGUGCAAACAGAGAGGGGAUACUUUCACUCUUUGGUUAUUUCCCUAUAUUUCUUAACGGCUUGGCCCUUGGAUCUUCCAUUUUACCCAUCGUCUCUAUUCCAAACUCGGUGUUCAGUCUGGGAAUCAGCAGAGAGUCUUUGAUCAAAGUUUAUAUUAAGAAUAAAGGUAAAGUUGGACUUUCUCCUUUGAAAGCAAUGUUUAUACUAUCAGUUGUGUUCCAGCUGGCUUAUUACAUUAUCGAUACGUGCUACAUUUACUCAGUUUCUCGACGUAUGGCCAAUUUACUCUACGUUAUAUGGGUGAGUGCAUACAAUUGUUCCUUCUUGUUCUUGUACGGUCUCAUAGAGAAGCUGGUUUGGGGUGGUGCAGAUGUCGAAAUAGUAGCCCAGUCCUCGGAAGAUGAUAUUGAAUUAGAGACAGACAUCGAUGACAUUGUCUGCAAUGGACAUGUUCCAGCCUCCUUAACGGCCGUCAACACUAACAGUCUUGUAUUGUUCCUUGUUUCAAACUUGCUUACAGGGCUCAUCAACUUGACAUUCAACACUAUAGAUGCCGGCAUCAUUGAAAGCAUGUUCGUACUUUUGGCUUACGAGCUAGCUUUGAGUGCAUUUAGUUUUGUGUUGUAUAAUAUGGGAAUAGUCCUCAGAUAACGUUGUAUAUAGUCUUGUAAAGAGAAAAGUUAAGUUUAUAAAUUAAAUACAUUGUGGUAUUAGGACUUUUUCAAAGCCUCAAAACGUUCCUUCAAGUCGUCCAAAUCAUCCAGCUUUUUCUUCACCUGUGGUCUGACCGGUUGGUUCUCGUUACUGCCCUCGGCGUUGUCACCGUUUUCCCCGUCAUCUUCAUUCACAUCUUCCUUGUAUUUAUCUUCGCUGUAAAGAUCAAUUUUAUAAAUGUCACACAACUCAUGCAUAUAAUCGGUCACAACUGUUUCCUCGUCAUCACCUCUAAGCUUUCUCACAAUUUCCACAUAUAUCCUAUCUUCUAAAUCGGUGAUGGCAUCUGCAGGGAGUUUUUCUUUGGUAUCCGGGGAAUGCGCC